AUGCCUUUUGCUGAGAAGUUGGCGCGCUGUAAGCGCUCCAUUAGAAAAGCCAAGGCUGAUAUGAAGAAAUCUUUUAAGAAACACUAUUUGAAUGGAAAGUACUCCAGAUGUAGAGAUUACAGACAAUUCAAGAAUGCUGUUGAAGAUGUCCAAGCUCUCUGGGACCAAUUCGAAAAGAAUACAGCUGAACCUCAAUUGACUACUGAGGCUGUUGCUACCACUAUAUCCAAUACCGAGAAGACCAGGGUUCUUAUUGCUGAUACGAAAAAGAACCAACAUGGAUUUAGACAAAAUGUACCUUCCCACUCUAGCUCCAAGUUUGUGAAGUCUACCAAAGCUAAGCUUUAUUUUUCUGAAAAGCUUGACACUAUCGACGAAAAUGUUGAACAGGAAGAUGAAGCAAUAGAAGAAGACUGUGACUGCGAUGAUCUCCAAUCAAACAACUCAGACUUCAAAAGCUUCAGUGACAUCCCAACUGAACCUGUAACUAUUCCCAAGACUAGACCUAUCAGACUAGUAUACCCUAUUUUAGAGUCUCCACCAUCCACCGCUGAAACGUGUUUUGACCCAGAAACUCCCCUUGUCUUUGAAUCCGAGUACCCAUCAGUCAGGCAUUAUUUACUUCUGGAUGGGGAUAAUAAUCGCGUUAAGGUAUUAAAUAAAGACCUUGAUCCUAUUGUCGAUGCAUUCAGAAGAUUGAAUCCUAAUUCUAAAAACUUAAAGCCACCAUUACAAUUUUCACUUAUUUAUGGCGGGCUCUUUGAUCAAUGUAAUACACUCAUGGCGACUUCAAGUAAUUCAGCAUAUACUCUUGUUGACACCCCAACUACCCAGAAUGAUAUGCCUAUGGUUCACGAUGUCCCUUCUUCGAGCUCAUCACCACCUCCAACUCUGUCAGAAUCUGAGUUUGAUUCCACUUCUGAUAGAAUUGAAUACGAGAUUUAUAAAUGGGGAUAUGCUGUUACAAAAAAAACCACUCUUAGAAAAUUUAAGAACGAGAGGGCUAGAACACCACCACUUAGUUCUAGCUCAGAAUUGAAAUCUCCAAUUUGUGACAAUUCUUCCGAGUUUGACCGUGUCCCCCGUAUUGACGGUUGUGAGAAUUUCAAUGAUGCCGGCGAUACCCGUGCCAUACAUAAGGCAUGGUUAGAAUAUCUUGCUGCUAACCCUCAACCUCAAGAUUUGGAUCAAAAAUCCCAGGAGUUGGACCCUAACUUUAUUCUCCCACCACCACAAACUUCUAGCUCAAAGUAUUCGGAUGACGAAAGUCAUGAGACGCCAACUCUGCCUUCAUUAACAUCUACCAAUGCAAUUUCAUGUUCUCAAAACAUAACUUCAACGCCCCCAACAUAUGAGAAUUCUACUGCAAAGUUCACGAAUCCAACUAGUUCAUCGUUAGGUCCACAAACUUUCAAUAAGUCAUCUGAUCCUAAAAAACUAUUUUCAGGCAAUGAGCAUAUCAUCAACUACAUUCAACCAAUGCCACAAUCUCUUGUAUCUCAACCACAAUCCAGCUCAACAACGAAUUUGUUGAAAGUCGAAGACAGUCUUGAAAAAGAUGAAAUGAAGACUGUUGGAAUUACCAGCAAUGUUUUACCAUCUCAAAUUUAUCAUGGUUUCCGUAAGCUGGAGUCAAAAGAAAUAUCAGGACCUAUUAGAAUUUCACAUUCAGGUGUUACGGAUCCAGAAUACGACGCUUCCACCCAUAAAAUGAAACUUACAAAAACUGAUAUGUGCGUUUCCUUAUCAAAUUCAUCAAGUAGUGAUCCCGAAGUUUCCAGUUGUGAUUCUCUCUUGUCCACCAAAGACCUUAACACUUCUUGCAAUUUUGCGAAGGGUGCAAAAUAUUAUCCCACGACUUCCCAUCUUAAUGGAAUUCAACCUUUACGUCGAGUAAAGUUUAAGAAUACACCCUGUAAAGAUGCCAAUGCAAAAUACACUAGCAAAGAGGAUGAACGCAAUACCAGAUGUAAGCAUUCAAAGACGUCUGGAUUACGGAAACGUUUUAUUGCAGACAAGCCAACAGGAGUUCAAGAUAGAUGGUGUGAACGUUCUGUUGGGAUUGUCAGAUUUGAACUUGCUGAAUUGAAUCAACAUGAUGGUGCCAUUUCGGAUGUAAUAUUCUACCCUGAAGUGCUUGAAUGUAUCUAUGAUGCAAGAUUGCCAUUGGAAUAUGUUGGACGUAAUGAGAUACCUUCUGCAAUGAGGCUGAAUAAUGGAAUUCCAACAAAAUCGAUCUUGAAGAGACCCACCAAGAAGUUUAGAUUUGAUGAUGUGGAGCCUACAUGGCAAACUGCUGGAUUCUACAUGGACAAAUUUACCUCAUCCUUGCAACUUUUUGGAUCAAGGAAGAGUUAACAGGAAUUAAGUACUCGCUAUCCUCAUUACUACUUUCACAACUUUGUUGUUGCUGUGGCUGCUGCUAUAGUAUGAACACCUGGAGGAGCACCAGGUGUUUUGCAUACCUUUGUUGAAUAUGGAUCAAUCAUUUAGUCACGGGAGACCAUAAUUGAUAAAGAAGAAAUGCUACAUGGUAUCUUUGGGAAUUGUUUUCUUUUAAAGAUAACUUUGUAGUAUUUGAUAAAGAAGAUAAAGAUAAGAUAAGACAAAAAAAAAAAGAAAAAAAAAAAAUAUACAAAAAAGCAAAAAAAAAAGAAAAAAAGACCUGGAGCUUGACGAAGAAGUGGAUGUGUUGAUACCGAAGGUGGAGUUCAACUUGGGAUGUGGACCUCUUAGUCUCAAUUGUCAAUAAUAUGCUUUUCUUGGGAUGAAAAUAACAUAUGUGAGAUUUUGCCGAGAAAAAGAACCACUCAAGGUAGCUCAAUGUUGUGAUUCGAUGGUUGUUGCAGAGGAGCAGGACGAUAAGGAGUUUUAUUAUGAUGAAUAUCAAGAUCGGAUUGACGAUGUCUCUGAAGGGUAGCUUGGCUGAGACUUUUGGUGUGACGAUGUCUUCAUGAUUGAGGUGGACUUUCCAUGUGACCUUAGUUUCUUGAAUGAAGUGAACUUUCCUGGCAAUGAGUCUGCUAGAAAGUGUGAACGUUCUUGGUAAUGAUGACUUUCAAGGAAGUGUACUUUACUGGAAUGAUGACAUUUUUGAGCAGUGUACUUUACUGGAAUGAUGGCUUCACGAAAGAAACUAGUUUUUCAAUGAAUGAUGACCACAAGAAAGAAGUGUACUUCACGCCGAAUGAAGGCUGAUAGAUUCUAAAGAGUGUACUUCGACCCUUUUUUGAUAUGAAGUUAUAUCGUUAUUAAAAGUAUAAUAAAUAUUAAAAAAAGAA